GACGGCGGCUCGCGAAGCUCUUCGAGUUCGGCGAGAGGGAGCUCAGCCUGCAGUCCGACGCGACCGUCGAGCGGCGCGAGGCAGCGGGCGCGGUCCCGCAGGAGAGGGCGAAGCUGUCGUCCGCCCAGCAAGCCGCGGCGACCCGCGCAAUUGAGUGGAUCAAGUCUCAGACGCAGCGGCUUCUCCGGCAGCUCCACUGCGGCACGCGCGGCGCCCUCGACAGCGCGGGCCGCCAGGGCGUUGGGGGCGUCGGCUGGGGCGCGUCGAUCAGCCCAGCAGCCGACCUCUCGCAAGAAUCGGCCAUCAAGAGCAUCGCGCUCGACUUGGACGGGGCCCAGGGCUGCCUCAAGUGGAACGGCGUCUUCGUGGCCCUUUGGGUCGGGGUCGCCAGCUUGACCCAG